AUGUCUCUACGUUACCUGCUCGUCUACACUCUACUGGCGCCAGCGUGUUCGUUGAUCAACGCCAACUCAUCGUCUUCUCCAGCCUGUCUAAUCCCCUCUGCUAGUAACAACUCCAAGAUGAAGCUGCGACAGGAAGUGACAAACCUUCAGCCUUCACGCGGUAUCGAUCAACUGAAUGGUGCGCACAUAAAAGUUGGAUUCCACAAAUCAUUUUCAUCGGACGACUCAGUGGCUAUGUUUUCGAAAACAUUGCUAGCGGAUUUGAGUAAGUAUCACAAUUUCACGUACACCAUUCGCCCUGGACACACGAUCCAAGGAGAAUUGUCAGCGAUAAGAGAUGGAUUAUUAGACCUGGAAAUUGGUUUUUUUACUUAUACGCACCAACGUGCGAGCAUGGUGCGAUUCCUAAUACCACUCCUGACUGAGAACUAUGUUAUCGUUAUCAAAAGACCAAGGCAGAAGACCGAAAUAUUAAAUAUUCUCGAUCCAUUUGACACCUACAUUUGGGUUUGUCUGCUUGCAUAUUUACUUGUGGCAACAUUAAUAACGGCAGCUAUGGAAAGAUGGUCACACAAGGACAGUGGACUAGAGGGAAAUACGGAAUCUACACAAGGUAUAGUCUACUAUGUGGUCUACAUGUUUGGUUCCUUCCUGCAGCAGGGCGGAGUCAGCUUGCCUCGAACUAUUUCUACCCGAAUACUACUGUCUAUGUGGUGGCUUUUCGUUCUUAAUGUUUGCGCUUUGUACGGUGGACAUCUAUUCAGUUCUCUUACUGUUAAGCCGGCGAUACAGUAUCCGUUUGAGACACUACAUGAAUUUGCACUUCAUCCUUCUAUCACACCAACCUCCGUUGAAGGGUGGGCGAUUUUUAAUCAGAUGCAGCAACAACCUUCAGAGUCUGACCUGGGAACGUUGUGGCAAAAAAUCUCCGCGGAUGAGCGGGCUGUAGUGAGCAGUACAGAUACUGCACUGGAACUCGUUCUCACAGGAGAAUAUGCGUUUAUCAGCGAUGAAAUAGGCACGGAUGCUAUUUUUCGCGCACAAUAUGCGGCAACAGGAACUUGCAGCCUAGCUGUAGCUCCUAUAAAGAUACGGGCAAGUUACUUGUCGUGGUUCGUGCAACAUGGCAGCAAAUACGAGCAAGGCUUGAAUAUAGGUCUUCAGCGGUAUAAAGAAAGUGGUCUCUUCACACAUCACUAUAAGAUGCAGCUACCUGUACCACCCGAUUGCUCGCAGGUAGGAGGAAUGACAGUACACGCGCGCAAUCUUCACUUACACACCAUGUCAGGAAUCCUACUCGUGCUACUGAUAGGAUUAAUACCAUCGCUGCUCUGUCUUCUACUGGAGGUCAUUGUGAAGAGGAACAAGAGAAACGCAAGGCGUCAUCGAAAGCACGCGUGGCGUAAGCUAUACAAAUUUUAA